UCGGUCGCCGCCCUCUCCGAUGGGUCUUUCCGCGCGGCGGGUCGAGCGGAGGGGCGCGCCGGGACAGGCGGCGCCGAGGGCAGCCCCGGGGCAGCAGGCCGGGGCGGCGGAGCGGGACGGGAGAGCGGCGCGGUCACCCUGCAGCGGAGCUGUGAGGAUGAGGGGCUGGAUCCCACCCACGCUCUGCCUCGCCAUGGCCCUGGCUGCGCUGCUGCCCACAGCCUGCGCCCGCCGGAGCCAGGACCUGCACUGCGGAGCGUGCCGAGCGCUGGUGGACGAGCUGGAGUGGGAGAUCGCCCAAGUCGACCCCAGGAAAACCAUCCAGAUGGGCUCCUUCCGGAUAAACCCCGACGGCAGCCAGUCAGUCGUGGAGGUGCCCUAUGCCCGGUCAGAGGCACACCUGACGGAGCUGCUGGAGCGGGUGUGCGAGAAGAUGAAGGAAUACGGGGAAAAAGUGGAUCCGUCCACGCACCGCAAGAGCUACGUCCGGGUGAUCUCCCACGAUGGGACCAAGAUGGACCUUUCUGGGGUCAAAAUCGACGGAGAUGUGGCUUCUAGUCUGAAGUUUGCGUGUGAGAGCAUCGCCGAGGAGUACGAGGAUGAACUGAUCGAAUUCCUCUCCCACGAGGCUGACAACGUCAAGGACCGGCUCUGCAGCAAGCGGACGGACCUGUGUGACCACGCGCUCCACAUCCCGCACGACGAGCUGUGACGCAAACGGCAGGACGGUGCCAACCUGCCCCGGUGGCCUCGUGGGACCAGGAUGGCGCCAGGCUCCGGCCAGACGUCCCCUACCUCUUGGUUCACCUCCCCCCCGCUCCCCCCGCUGGGACAGGCAGACGUGCCGGGGAAGACGGUGGCUCCGGAGCCGGUGCAGACACCGCCUCGCCCCAUUUGGUGCUCUCGUCCUAUUUAUUCACUGUCUGUCCGCUGCAGCUGCGGUGCUGGGGGCACCGGGACACCAGCCCUGCUCCCCGAUGGGCCGGCUGUGGGGGCCAGGGCCACGUCCUCGUUGCUGCCAGGACAUUCCAGCGGGCAGGCUGCCAGCCGGGGACCUUCCUCUGCCGCUGCCGGGGGGACACCGGGGCUCAGCCGUCCCCACCGGGGCGAGGUGGUUGGGCAUCCGGGGCCAGUUUUGGGAACCCCCGUCCCUGCUGCAGGCAAUAAAGGGGCCGCGCGGUGGCCAUGCCGCGGGCCCACCCGAGG